AGAGCUCGCGCGACCACUCUUCCCUCAGUCUCCUCCAGCACCUCGUCGCAAACGGGGCCGGAAAGCGUGGCGGCGCAGGCGCAAGCGCCGAGAGCGGAGGCGGUGGUGGUGGCGGCCGCUGGCCAGUGUAAGAUGGCGGCGGCGUUGGUGGCGGCAGUGGACGGGGCGGCUGGGCCUGGAACAGUCGGAGCAGCCGCUGGCAGAAGGAUGACCCAAGACGGGAAGCGGGCUGCUGAGCCUCGCCGGCUCCCGUGCUUGUAACUGCCCCAGUCGGACACCCUCCCCCCCUUGACCUAACCGGUCCGUGUCUCGUUCCGGCUUGGCCUGACCCCCUCGCCCCUGGCCCGCUCCCCGUCAGGAUAGGUUGGAUUCCUUUCCCAGGCACCCGGGGCUCAGGUCUUUUCCUGGCCCUGGCCCUGGCCCUGGCCCGAGUCUCCGCCGGGAGGACUGGCUGCCCUUGCCUCAGCCCUUCAGUGAAUCAACAGACCUAUUUUCUCAGGAGCUCAGCCUGGCCCUACUUCAGUGAUAAAGAAGGAAAGGCUGGCCACAGUAAGCAUCAUUCAAGAUGUCCAGCAAAGGGAGCAGCGCAGAUGGCAAAACAGACUUAGCCAAUGGAAGCCUGUCUAGCAGUCCAGAGGAGAUGUCUGGCGCUGAGGAGGGCAGGGAGACAUCCUCAGGCAUUGAAGUGGAGGCCUCGGACCUGAGCUUCAGCUUGACUGGGGAUGAUGGCGGCCCCAACCGCACCAGCACAGGAAGUCGGGGUACAGACACAGAGAGCUCAGGUGAAGACAAGGAUUCUGACAGCAUGGAGGACACUGGCCAUUACUCCAUCAACGACGAGAACCAGGUCCAUGACCGCUCAGAGGAAGAAGAGGAAGAAGAGGAGGAGGAAGAAGAGCAUCCUCGGCGCCGUGUCCAGCGGAAGCGGGCCAACCGUGACCAGGACUCGUCAGAUGAUGAGCGGGCCCUGGAGGACUGGGUGUCUUCAGAGACAUCCGCCCUACCCCGCCCUCGCUGGCAAGCCCUUCCUGCUCUUCGGGAGCGGGAGCUGGGUUCCAGUGCCCGCUUUGUGUAUGAGGCUUGUGGAGCCAGAGUCUUUGUGCAGCGUUUCCGCCUGCAGCACGGGCUCGAGGGCCAUACUGGUUGCGUCAACACCCUGCACUUUAACCAGCGCGGCACCUGGCUGGCCAGUGGCAGCGAUGACCUGAAGGUGGUGGUUUGGGACUGGGUGCGGCGGCAGCCAGUACUGGACUUUGAGAGCGGCCACAAAAGCAAUGUCUUCCAGGCCAAGUUCCUUCCUAACAGUGGUGAUUCCACCCUGGCCAUGUGUGCCCGUGAUGGGCAGGUGCGGGUAGCAGAGCUGUCUGCCACACAGUGUUGCAAGAAUACGAAGCGUGUGGCCCAGCACAAGGGAGCGUCCCACAAGUUGGCCCUGGAACCGGACUCUCCCUGUACGUUCCUUUCUGCAGGUGAAGAUGCAGUUGUCUUCACCAUUGACCUCAGACAAGACCGGCCAGCUUCGAAACUGGUGGUGACAAAAGAGAAGGAGAAGAAAGUGGGGCUGUAUACGAUCUUUGUGAAUCCCGCCAAUACCCACCAGUUCGCAGUGGGUGGACGAGACCAGUUUGUCAGGAUUUAUGACCAGAGGAAAAUUGAUGAGAAUGAGAACAAUGGCGUGCUCAAGAAAUUCUGUCCUCAUCACCUGGUGAACAGUGAGUCCAAAGCAAACAUCACCUGUCUCGUGUACAGCCACGACGGCACAGAGCUCCUGGCCAGCUACAACGACGAAGACAUUUACCUCUUCAACUCCUCUCACAGCGACGGGGCCCAGUAUGUGAAGAGAUACAAGGGCCACAGGAAUAACGCCACGGUAAAAGGCGUCAAUUUCUACGGCCCCAAGAGUGAGUUUGUGGUGAGCGGCAGUGACUGCGGGCACAUCUUCCUGUGGGAGAAGUCAUCCUGCCAGAUCGUUCAGUUCAUGGAGGGGGACAAGGGAGGCGUGGUAAACUGUCUCGAGCCCCACCCUCACCUGCCUGUGCUGGCAACCAGUGGCCUCGACCAUGAUGUCAAGAUCUGGGCACCCACAGCCGAAACUUCCACUGAGCUGACAGGGCUGAAGGAUGUGAUAAAGAAGAACAAGCGGGAGCGGGAUGAAGACAGCCUGCACCACACCGACCUGUUCGACAGUCACAUGCUCUGGUUCCUCAUGCACCACCUGAGGCAGAGACGCCACCACCGGCGCUGGCGAGAACCUGGGGUUGGGGCCACAGACGCAGACUCCGAUGAGUCUCCCAGCUCCUCAGACACAUCGGACGAGGAAGAGGGCCCCGACCGGGUGCAGUGCAUGCCGUCCUGAGGCCUUGUACCCAGGAGGGGCGGGCUGGGGCUGCCAACCCGAUCCUGCCUGGACAGCCCUUUCCUGUCCCAGGCCCUUACAUUCAGCAGACACGCACUUUGGACUUUUUGCUUUAGAUAAAAAAGACAUCCCAGGAGAAAGACCAGAGGGGGAGUGAACCUGCGGAGUAGCUAAGAGGGGGAGCCAGGCCUCGGGACGGGCUCCAUGGAGAGGUGCACAGGGCUCAGCAGAAAUGGCCUCUCCCCAAAGCCUUGUUUUUUGGGAGGGGGGAGCCUAUUUUGUUAACUGGUUUGGGGUAGGGAAUGGGGUUUCCUUUUCUUUAAUCUCCCUUAUUUCUUUGGGUGGGGGGUGGGGAUAACUGGCUGUUCAGUACCAAGGGGCCAGAGUGGGGGUGGUAAAAGUGCCACUCUCUCUUUGGUUUAGGUUUUUGGCCUUUUUCUUCAUUUUUUUAAAAGUCUGUGACAGUUGCAUUCUUUUUUUCCCCCUGAACAACCCCAACCCAGCAUCUUGUUUUUUCUGGGAAGUCCUUAGAGCCCCUAACCAUCCCACACUCUUCACUUUCCUUCCCACCUGUUCAUCCUCUGUACUUCCCACAGUGUUUCGCACUUGAUGAUGUGUCCUUCACGCUCUUCUAAUCCCAUCACCCCUGACUAGGUCUGGUGAGGGAGGCUGGGGGGGAGUGGAAGGAGGGGCAGAAGUGGAGGAGGAAUAGGAAGGAUGUGUUACCUCUUCUGUUACUUUUAAAAAAAGUUGUUUGGUGGCAGCAGUCUCCUUGCCCUGUCACUGUUAGAGGCCUAAUUUUAUAUCUAUAAAUAUAUUAAAAAGCAAGUCAAACUUGGAUGUAUCACGUUAAAAUUAUUGUCAGUUUAAGUACCUAUAUAUUCUCUAUGACUGCAAUAAAGGGACUGAAAGGAGAGCGCAGAAGUACUGAUGUGGUCACACUGGGGUCAGCCCACCCCGUGUGUGUGGCCACUGGAGAUCGGGGCAAACCCCUUAGGUUUUUGGAGGCUCAAGAAUGGAAGGAUCCUCAAUUCUGCCCUUCCCUGCCUCCUGCCGAGGUUUCGGGGUUGGGAAAACAGGAAAUUCCUUUCGGUUCUUUGUCUCAGAUCUCCUACCUCUCCUUCUGUUUUGUGGGGGUUCCCAGGAUGGCUCUCCUGACCAGAGGCUAGCCCACCUUUAAAACUUGACUGAACUCAGACUUCAGGAAGGGUUCUGCCACUGCAGACGGUCUCUUCUCAUACUGUAUGUGACCGAGGACACAUUCACUCUUAGCGUUAGCCGCUUGAGUCUUUAAGCCACCCACCUCACCCCAGCAGCUCCCUUCCUAGUGGAAGAGUGUAGUGGAGAAAGCCCUCCCGGGUUGGCCAUGAUAGCUUGUCCACCUUUUGCGAUUGAGGGACACAUUGUUUAAGAUGGCUGGGGCUUGGACACCCGUCUCCUCACUGGUCACGGAUAUGAAAGUCCUAGUUGAAUUCUUGCCCUAUUGCUUGUGCUGCUAUUUAUUUGUGCCCCCAACCAGGAAUUCUGCACCCCAGGGCAGUCCGAUUCUACUAGACCAGGCUAGGAAGGAAGGGAACAGUGAAAGGAUGGAAUUCCCAGACACUCCUUCCUCCUAGCCCUUUUCUUAGCAACUGUCAGACCAGAUAUGAGCUGCUGCACUUCCCCCCUGAGGUAGGGGACGUGCGGUGACUGAGUGGUCUGGUUCCCACGGCUGGUGGGGUAAUGGAGUGGCCUGAAAACCAUGCACUCUGGAAUUUGUUGUGUAUUUUCUCUCAGUAAAGCUUUUUUUUUUUUUUUCUUUUUCUUUCUGACUGCUGUUCUGUGUGCGCUGUGUGGCCCAUUCAUUCAUGAUGGGCUAGUUUUGUUCCUUCCAAUAUAGGUGCCUGGCCCUGACCUUACUGCAGUUUGAGGAGGUCUGGCCUGGAGUAGCCAUGUUUCCAGGCUCGGGCUCUAGCUGGGAGACUGCUGUACGUGGAUAGGCCGCACAGCUCAGGGCUGCUUAGGGGAUCGGGGAGGUGAGAAAACCCAUUAGGGGUGUUUUCCUGGCCUCUGUUCUAGGCUGCGAUGAGGGAUUUGGGGGUAAGUAUUAUUCCCCCUCCCUUCCAGUCAAAGGCUCCAAAAUCCUUCACAGAAGUUGUAGAAUCAAUCAGAUACAGUACAGUCAAUCACCUUUAUUCCAGGGUUAGAACAAGGCCGUGCACACUGCAGACAGAGGAGCAGAGGAUAGGGACAAUCUCACAGCCGUACAGGGGCGGGAGGGCAGGUUAGUCUUUUUAGAUGAUUUUUGCCUUACAGAGAUACUACUAGACUCUGCUGAAAAUGACCCUGUCUCCCUUCUCCCAUCUCACCCUCUCCUCUCUUCAGAGAAGGCUCCUAUUCCUUCCUUCUCUCUCUCUCUCUCUCUCUCCCCCUCUCUCUCACACACACUCUCACAUCACAUAAUCCUGACUGGAAGGACGAUUCAUGCUCAGGCCCCCUCCCAAUUGUACAGGUAUCUCUCUGUCCUUGAGGGAGAAGCCAGACAGGGCUGGGCAAACAUGGGGAGGUCCUUUAAGGCAGAACUGUGGAGGGAGUACUCCAGGUGUACGUGUUAAGGCAGGUGUCCGCAGCAGUGGCCAGAGGGGACGGCGGGGCCGGGCCGGGCGGGGAGCAGAAGCUGCUUUCCGGCCAGUCUGGCUUCUUCCUCUUCCAACAGCCAGCCCUCCCUUCCCACUUGAGUUUUGCUCCCACAUCUUAAAAGCUCUGAACUUCAACUUUCUCUAAAUAGUCUCUUGAGAUGGCGUGUGAAUUUAAAGUAAAAAAAAAAAAAAA